GUAUUCUUUUGGCUCUAAAUUUUGAAAUGUUGAAAAAAUGAGCAGGGCAGAAAAGCUGUGUCUUUCUUUGUUAAGCUACUGCAAAACACUUGGAAACCUCAACCAAAUCCACGCCUUCGUUUACAAAUCCGGCCUUGAGACCAACCCACUAAUCGCCGGAAAACUCCUAAUACUUGGUGCCCUGCAAAUUUCUGAUGCUAUUGAUUACGCUCGCCGUCUGCUCAUACACUAUCCAAACUCAGAUGUGUUCAUGUACAACACCCUCAUCCGAGGUGAAUCCGAGUCAGACUCACCCAAGAAUUCAGUCAGCACAUUCAUUUACAUGCUGCGACAAUCAUAUUCUCCUCCUGAUAGUUUCUCCUUUGCUUUUGUACUCAAAGCAGCGGCUAAUUUACGGUGUUUAACAACUGGGUUUCAGCUGCAUUGUCAAGCUAUGACUCGUGGGCUUGACACCCAUCUCUUUGUUGGGACUACAAUUAUUAGUAUGUAUGCGGAAUGUGGGUUUGUUGAGUUUGCUUGGAAGGUGUUUGUUCAAAUACCUCAACCAAAUGUUGUGGCGUGGAAUGCAAUACUUACAGCGUAUCUUCGAGGGAGUGAUGUAAGUGGUGCAGAUAAAGUGUUUGGUUUAAUGCCGUUUAGGAAUUUGACUACUUGGAAUGUGAUGCUGGCAGGGUAUACUAAAGCAGGGGAGCUUGAACGUGCAGAGGGGUUGUUCUUGCAGAUGCCAAGUAGAGAUGAUAUUUCUUGGAGUACUAUGAUUGUUGGAUUUUCUCAUAAUGGUUGCUUUGAUGAGGCGAUUCGGGUAUUCAGGGAAUUGGUUGGGAGUGAAAGUAAACCUAAUGAAGUGAGCUUGACGGGUGCUUUAUCUGCGUGUGCUCAAGCUGGGGCGUUUAAGUUUGGGAUGGUAUUACAUGCAUAUAUAGAGAAAGUGGGGUUGGUUUGGAUAACUUCUGUGAACAAUGCACUCUUGGAUACCUACUCCAAGUGUGGAAAUGUGUUGAUGGCUCGUCUUGUCUUUGAGAGAAUGCUUGGGAAGAAAACCAUCGUUUCUUGGACUUCUAUGAUCGCAGGGUUUGCAAUGCAAGGAUAUGGUGAAGAGGUGAUAAAAUAUUUUCAUGAGAUGGAAGAAUCUGGGACCAGACCUGAUGGGGUCACUUUUAUUUCAGUACUUUAUGCAUGUAGUCAUGCUGGUUUAGUUGAACAAGGUCAUGAGCUAUUCAGUAAAAUGACAGAAAUUUAUGACAUUGAACCAACUAUUGAGCAUUAUGGUUGUAUGGUUGAUUUGUAUGGUAGGGCUGGUCAGCUUCAUAAGGCAUAUGAUUUUGUGGUUCAAAUGCCAGUUCCACCCAAUGCAGUUAUCUGGCGAACACUUCUUGGGGCUUGCAGUUUUUUUGGUGACAUUGAAAUGGCUGAGCAAGUCAAGGAAAGACUCUCUGAGCUGGAUCCAGACAAUUCUGGUGACCAUGUUUUGCUGUCCAACAUUUAUGCAUUUGCAGGGAAAUGGAAGGAUGUUGCCAUGGUGAGGAGAUCAAUGACUGAGAAAAAUUUGAAGAAAAUACCAGGUUGGAGCACGAUUGAAAUAGACAAGGUCAUGUACAAUUUUGUAGCAGGUGAUAAACGAAAUGAGAUUACUGAAGAAGCUUAUAAUAAGCUAAGUGAGAUAAUGUUAAAACUUAAAGUAAAAGGUGGUUAUAUUCCAGAGGUAGGCAGUGUUUUGCAUGAUAUAGAAGAGGAAGAAAAGGAAGAUACUGUGCUAAGCAGUAAGCACAGCGAGAAACUUGCUGUUGCUUUUGGUAUGACAAGGUUAUGUAAGGGAAGCACCAUACGAAUUGUAAAGAAUUUGAGGGUGUGCAAAGAUUGUCAUAGUUUUAUGAAGUUGAUAUCUGAAGUCUAUGGAUUAGAGAUUGUGGUUAGAGACAGAAGUAGGUUUCAUUCUUUUAAAGAAGGUUUGUGCUCUUGCAGAGAUUAUUGGUGAGGGAUGAUUUAUGGUCCAAUUGAAUUGGCAAUGCUCUUAUUUUCUGGAUAAACAUGUUGAGUGCAAACAGAAGACCCACAUUUUGGAUGACAUGGAAUCCUCCAUGCUUGCCAUCGAAAUGAAAGAAAAUGGAAAAGAAGUAGUCAAACAUGUCUGUCAACUAAUUGACUUGGAAAAGGCUACUGCAUCAAGCUCCUUACAGAUCUUCUGAAGGUCUGUUCACUUCCAGAGCCUCUGAGGAUGUUGUUCAAGUUAUUUUAACAUGCUAGUCUUGUUAAUUAGGUAGCAGAUGCAAAUGAAAAUAGCAUGAGGCUGACAAAUUAACCUUACAGCAACGUCGAUAGUAAUAGAUUGAAUUGCUGCAUUUAAGCCAAGAGUCUUCUGGAUACAACCUUUCUACCUCCACACGAGGUAGUGGUAAGGUCUACGUAUAUUUUACCCUCCCAGACCCCACUUCACUAGGUAUGUUGUAGUUAUUUGAGUGCUAGUACAUCAAACAUCAGAGUUGGAAAUUUUCGUAUAGAAUUGGAUUUCACCACAUUUGCAAAUGCUACGAACAAAUAUGUUUGAUAUUUUAUGUAUUAUUGUAGGUAUUGUCUGCUAAGAAGGGACACUUGGGAAUCCACUACUUUCUUCUGUGGCUGAUGUAACUCAUCGAAGAGCCAUGUUCCAUGGCUUAUGUUUCUGCAUUUGAGGUAAGAUAAAGGGCCAGACAUAGUGGGGUCGGAGGAUCCAGCCAACAAUCUUUUUUAUGACAGAACAAUUUACUAUCAACAAAAUCACCAUCGACACACAUGAGUAGACUUGUAAAGUCCAGCCGGUAGAUAAAGGACCUUCCCUAACCAAAAAAAGAGGGAAACAAGAAAUAUCAACUGAUGGCAUUACAAUAUAAAGAGGUAUUUGCUAUUGGAAUUCAAAUAAUCAUUCGCUCAUACAUAUCAUCUUGUCGUCAAACGAUUACGUAGCAUACUGUUUUUAGUUUGUUUUUUGUUGGCUCUAAUCUAACUUCAUUCACUUACUUUCAAUUCCAUUCUCUUUUGAUUGCUAAGAAGUAGAAGGGUUAAACAACCUUUUUACAUGUAGGCUUAUUGAAGCUCAAUUCUCUGUAUAUUCAGGAACAUGCCCUCGUUUUGUGAUUGUUUAGUAGACUAAAAGAAGCUACCAUCUAAGAGGUUAUAUCAUAUAAAAAUAUAUACAGCUUGAA